GAUUUCAUAACUCACAUACGUUCUUUUUCGUUCUUUGCCAGACACUAUAAUUAUUUACUCCAUCAUAUCAAAUGAUUUCUCACUUCAAGCUCUAAGUUAUAAGUCAAAGACACUGGAAGAACUUUUGAGCUACUGUUUGUAAAUCACACCUCUAACUUUUACCCUUAAAUUUCACAUCCUCCUUACUUCCUACACUUCAAUAUGGCCAAGAAAAAGAAGAGCAGUUGUCGAGAAUCUCCUGAAGAUACUGCCAGGCGGCUUAAGAAAGAAAGACUCGCAAGAAUAAAUGCCGAAGCCAGGCGGGAAAUCGUACAAACCCGUAUUUUGGCAGCUGAGGAAAUGGUAGCAAAUCGCACAAAAUUGCACUUCCUUUCGUCGAAAGCAAUUGCAGCAGGCCCUGUCGAAACUUUUGACCUAUUCCCCGUCGAAGUCAAGCUACAAAUACUCAAAGAAUUGACAGACAUCAAUUCGUUGUACUCCUUAAUUUCUGUCUCCCGAUCUUUCCAUGAAUUUUACAUCAAUGACCGAUAUCAACGCAAAAUAUUCUGCAAAGUCCUCGUCGAAGAAAUGACCCUUCCUAUCUUCCUUCAAGCGGUUGCCAUAUUCAGUAACUCAGUGCGCAGUAUAAGAUGGACAGGCAAAUGGACUAAAGCAUUCCAGAAUGUGGGCGAAUUUAUGGACCAGUAUUCCACAAAUUCAAGAGUCGAAAUCUUCAACCAUAGAAGUUAUAACAUGAGAACCCUGGUCCGGAUUGCAGAAUUUCAUUUGACAAUAAAAGCUGUCACUCACGAUUUUUUCAAAUCUUGCUUAGAUUUGCAUCCGGGAACGCACGAGAGGUAUGAGAAAAACGGAUUAAAGAGGCUCGAGGAGCUUCGGAUACAACGAGCUUUCUAUAAUCUUGAGCUAUACCUCCGUGUAUUUAAACGCGGCGAUCAUUAUCUCAAUAAACAAACUUUGCUGAACAAGCAGUUAUACGGAACAAUCCCAGGGCGUCUAAAGGUUAGGCGAGAAAUUCAUGAGACAUUCUUUAAGCAUUUCAGCUAUUGGGAAAUCGAAGAGAUAGCCUCGGUAAAAGACUACAUGGAAAGAGAAUACAAUGAUAUCAUCAACGAAUGCAAAGAUUUUUUAGCCAAAAAUUCCCAGGCUCAACAGUACGGUUCUUCAUCGACUCUAAAAAGAAUAAAUGAAGCGGGGAUCAAGUUGGACGACUACGAUAAUUUCACGAACCAUUACAACAAAUUCACUCGAACUUUUGUCAACAAGGGUGUUGAGUUCUUUUGGAAGGUUUGCAACCAAAAUGGACCCAAGACAAAAAUUCCUCUUAUAGACAUCUCAAUACAACAAGACACCAUGCUAUUGUCUACUCAAUUCACUAAGAUGAAGAUUAUUGACCUAUUUAUGACAGACCUGGCCAUGAAUGUUCAACGAAGCCAAACUGACAUAUCAAAAUGCCUUCAAUUUGUGAGAUGUUAUGGUCGCUUUCGUGGAAGCAGAGCGGGGCAACUCGAUCUUCCAAGCUCCAUCUACGCAUGGCGUUAUAUGUAUCCGUUUCUGAUGUCCCAACCUUGCUAUUAUCGGGACUACUUGUCAUCUUGGGGUUAUUGUAUGUGGGACGUGGACCGAAUAUCCCACAUUCGAUAUUCUAAUCGGUAUGGUUCCAUCGAACUUAAACAUGGUCCAAGGUCACGUUUGAGCUCUCAGGUUGUACCUUUAACCAGUAAUGUUAAGUAAUUUUGUAUAGCGUUGAUGCUAUAGGCAUCAAAUCUGGUUGCACCAUCA